AUGCGACGCCAAUACAACGCGCUGCAGUGCUAUAUUACUGCAACGAUUAGUGCAAUCUUCCUUCUUUUCGCACUAACCUGCGACUCGGUUGCUUAUGCCUAUGCCGAUGCCCCCAAUGGCCCGGACACAUGGAGCACAUUAAACCUCCGAGGGGCGGUUACCAGCGACGGGGCAGGACUCCCACUUGCGCUAGACUCGUUCAAUGGGCUGGAACUUCGCGACAGUGUCGACGAAGAUGGCGAGUCAAAUGGGCUGGAACUCGUGCGCAGAUACCCUAAUGCCGCGAAAGCGUUGGGCAACAAUAAGUUCGAGGCACCGGACGCGCUCGAGAUCGGCGCUGUCCACUGGUUCUACCUGCCCGAGACCGUGGUGAACGGCAAGCACGACACUAAAGGGGCGGGUCUUCCUGCCUACAUGAAUGCUACGGAUGGCGAUGAAGAUGACUCGAUCCAUGAGCUACGGAAACGAGACGAGGACUUCUCGAAGCGAGCGAUGACAACUGUCUACUUGUCCCUCACGACCUGCAGAAAACCAGAUACCAACAAAACCAACCUACAAGCUGGAUUCCCGCAGUUGCAAGUGUAUGUGUCGAAUUCGGAGAAACUGCAACAGCCAGGACCGGGCAAAGACGACUCGCAGCAGGAUAUACACACUGCUGUUGGCGGGUAUGUGGGAAUCACCAUAGACACGGACAGCGACCUCUUCAUCGGCGUCGCAGCGCCUAAUUCAACCGACUACACGGGCAGUUACACGUACCAGAUCGCAGCAUCUAUUGAUGACUUUUUCCACAAUAUCGUGGACAAUGACCCAAAUCUAUUCUUCAUCGAUGCAGACGUGUCAGCCGCGCUGCUAGUGACGAACAACCUGACACAGUCUGCGGAAAACUCCACGAAUUACCAACAAUGGAUGGACAUCGUCCCUCCGUAUACUAUGUUUGCCCACAACAUCAACGAUACAGCACUGGAGGGCUUGGAGAAAUCGUUCUGCGCCCUCGAUGCGCUUUCCCAGGUGGGACGAAUCAGUAAUUCAACAGAGGUUGGUAUGACCAAUCGCGGACUUGGGAACAAGCCUAAAGAACAGUUCUAUAUUACUGGACUGAACCAGAGUUCAUCGUACAGCGGUCUUCUGGCAAUGGUGGGCAAUUCGACCGCGGCCGGGAAUGGCAUCGUCGGCGGCGGCGGCAAGGUAUGGCAACCGAUGAAUUUCACGACCAAAGCAGACGACAACUGCGCCGUGUUAUUCAACCUAACCUUCUGCUCAGAAGUGGCAUACGCAGUCCCAUCAAACCCAAAGUUAAGCGUCGACAAGCUCCGCACAAUCUACGACGACCACGCCGCGGCCUUCUACCAGAACUUCACCUAUUCUCUCCAACAAAUUCAAUGCAAAACAAGCGAAGAAUCGAUGUUCUCCCUCGCCGUCGACUGCGACGACUGUGCCAGGUCCUACAAACAAUGGCUCUGCGGCGUCACGAUCCCCCGCUGCGCGGAUUACAGUAGCAAUGCCGAAUACCUGGCCGUCCGUAAUGCAGGCCAGCCCUUUAUCAAUGGCACUUCCUUACCGGAUGACAGUCCGCACCGCCAAUCCGUGGCGUCGAAUACAUCCCGCAAUGCUAUCAUCGAUGAGAAGAUCAAGCCGGGUCCCUAUAAGGAGAUCCUGCCCUGUCAGGAUAUCUGUCAUACCCUGGUUAAGGAUUGUCCGUCUGCACUUGGCUUCGGGUGUCCUGAGGGCGCGUGGAUGAAUUCCUCUUAUGGCUAUCGGAAUUCAGAUGGUAUUAUCACUUGCUCUUAUCUUGGGGCUGUGUACUAUUUGAGUCCAGGGGUGAGACUGGAUGCUCGGGAUUGGGUUUUUAGUUUGGUGGUUAUGGGAGUUAUGUAUUUGCUGUAG